AUGAAGUCGACGCUAUCAUCAGCUUUCAUACUUGGUCUUUCGGCCUUGUCUGCUGCAAAGAACUGUUCUUAUGGCAACCUUCCAGAAGAGUUAACCGCAGUUGGAAAUCCAAAAAAGACCCUUCAUGUCAAAUAUGCUCUGUCAUCUUGGGGAUGCGCAAAGAAAUCGUAUUUGGCUGUGAAACCUGGACAACGCCUCUACUCCAGCGAUACCGAGAACGCACCUGUACCUGAUGUCCCAUCUCUUACCCCUUCACAAAAUGGCACAGGGAAAUAUGUCUUCAUCAUGGUAGACCCAUCGACCAAUGCCACAGAUCCUACAUAUCCAGCCCUACACACUCUAUAUGUCAACGUUACGGCGGAUGGAGCAGAAGGCUGGACAAUUCUUGCUCCCUACAUUAACCCCGAGCCAACAUCUGGUCCAGCGCACAACUAUAGCCUUCUUCUCUUUGAGCAGCCGCAAGCACAUUUCGAAGUUCCUUCAGAAUAUGCAUCUUUCUUGCCAUUGAAUCUCAGCAACCUCUACACAAGAGUCGGCUUUCCAUUUCUUGACUUUAUCAACGAUACUGGUCUGGGUAAGCCAGUUGCAGGAAAUUGGUUCCGUGAGAGCGCCGUGACAAUAAACAGCACUAGCAGCAGUGCGAUGCCAAGUCGAAGCGUAAGUCUUCGCUCCGUGACUUCAACUCCAUCGGCGAGCGCCACGAGCAUCAUUAGGAACUCCACUGCGACCUCCAUGCUGACAACUGGCACUGUGUCGAUCCCCUGGAAAUACCCUACUACAUCAACAUCUGCCGGAACCGGUACGACCACGGCAACCAAUCCAGCUUACACAGGACAGGCUUUUGUCAGCAGCCCAGGUAUCCGAGACGUUGUCCUAGGACUAGGAAUCGUCGCUGGAGCUUUCUGCCUGUUUUGA